GUUGCACCAAUUGAGCCCUAACGUCCGCCACAACCCUCACCAAUCCUUAAGCACCACCACCUCCGAAGAUGGAUCCCUACUCCGCCGAAGGAGAGCUCGUAAACAUCCACAAUGCCUUCCACCAAGGCCAGUACCAGCAAGUUGUUGACUUCGACACGUCCUCCUUCUCCGCCAGCAACGAGCUCCCCGCGCGCAUCCUUAAGCUGCGCGCCCGCAUCGCGCUGGGCCAAUACGACGAUGUGAUCUCCGAAGCCGAAGCCGAGUCCUUGGUCCCCGACCUCGCGGCCGCCAAGACGCUGGCGCAGUACCUGAAGGAUCCCUGGGACGCCGACGAUGCGAUUGCGGCGGCGCGGAAGCUGGCGAGUGAGCAGGGCGACAGCCUGAGCGUGCAACUGCUGGCCGGUAGCGUGCUGAGCAACGCGGGACUGAACGAAGAGGCCCUGGCGUUGCUGGCGAAGCAUCAGGGGUCGCUGGACGCAGUGGCUAUGAUUAUCCAAAUACAUCUGCAGCAGAACCGCGCGGACCUGGCUGCGAAGGAGGCGCAGCAGGCGCGGAAAUGGGCGCAGGACAGCUUGCUCGUCAACAUUGCGGAGUCGUGGGUCGGACUGCGCGAGGGCGGUGAGAAGUACCAGCAAGCAUUCUACGUUUUCGAGGAGCUGGCGCAGGCUCCCGCUUCGCAAGCUGUGCAGUCGCUCCUUGGCCAAGCCAUCUCUGAGAUGCACUUGGGUCGGCUGCCUGAGGCUGAGGCUGCGCUGCAGCAGGCGAUUGGCUUGGACGCCAAGAACGGCGAUGUCAUUGCGAACACGAUUGUCCUGAACACGAUCCUUGGCAAAGAUACCACGGAGCUGAGAAAGAACCUUGCGGAGGUGCAGCCGAAGCACCCGUUCUUCGUGGACGUGCAAGUCAAGAAGGAGGCCUUUGACGCGGCACAGGCGAAGUACGCUCCUAAGGUCCAGGCUUAAGCUGGAUAUGAGCGGAAAGCGCGGGUUAUAUGAUAAAUUGGUGAUUCUUGUAAAAUAGACCCAAACGAGCUAGCUGAGCAUGGUAGCAUGAGGGCAAGAACAUGCCGCCGGCUGAAGACCAUGGAGUAAUAUGAGAGCAUUUCAAUGGCGUGG